AUGAUGUAGUCGUCUGGCUGGAAAAGGCUACAAAAGGAACUAAUGGCUUUGCAAAAUGAUCCGCCCCCUGGAAUGAAGCUCAAUGAGAAAAGUGUCCAGAACACCAUCACACAGUGGAUUGUAGAUAUGGAAGGAGCCACGGGCACGCUCUACGAAGGAGAGAAAUUUCAGCUGCUUUUCAAAUUCAGUAGUCGGUAUCCUUUCGAUUCACCUCAGGUAAUGUUCACGGGAGAGAAUAUACCUGUACAUCCUCACGUUUAUAGCAACGGGCACAUCUGUCUCUCCAUACUAACAGAAGACUGGUCGCCAGCCCUCUCAGUGCAGUCAGUCUGUCUCAGCAUUAUCAGCAUGUUGUCCAGCUGCAAAGAGAAGAGACGGCCACCCGAUAACUCCUUUUACGUAAGAACAUGUAACAAAAACCCAAAGAAAACAAAAUGGUGGUAUCAUGAUGAUACGUGCUAAUAAACAUUGUAAUAGUUCCAGAAGAAAGAAGGCCUACUGAACCGCAUAAAGCACUUUUGAAUCAUACCACAGUCACUGAACUCUGACCUUUUUGACUGGAACAAUGGACACCAUGAUGCGCUGGAGAGACUGUUUGAACUGCAUUUCCCAGAGGGCAGUUGGGUGCAUGUUUUUAGCCGGUUGUAAUAUAUAAAAAAUAAAUAAAUAAAUUAAGACCAACAAUGGAUUGUUUUUGCAAAAAAGAAAAAAGUCACUAUGCAGCCAGCGAGGGGAAAAAUGGUUUCGUAGUGAGAUUAUUAUUGUUAUCGUUUUAAGAUGAUUCUUCUUUCCUUUUGUGUUUGUUUGGGUGCAUUUAAAAGGUUGUCAUUAUGUGCUGUGCAAUACAACGGUGGAUGCAUGGUUGGGCCCUAACAAAGAUAUCUGGAAGGGAUCUCAGCAUCUUAACCCCCAGAAAAUACUUCAGCUUUUU